AUGGAUGACUCGAACGACGACCGUCGCCCGUCUUCUUCCGCGAGCACUACACGCUCGGCAGCGCGACCGGGAAAGCUCUGCGCCGUCAAGAUCUUCAAGAAGGAGACGCUCUCGGCGCAGGACGACGCGGAUAUCCUCUCCGAAGUCCGGAUUCUGCGCAAGCUCAACCACCGCAACGUGCUUCGCCUCGUGGACUUUUACUCGGAGCCCAAGUACUACUACCUCGUGACCGAGUACGUCGAGGGCGGCGAGCUCUUUGAGCGGAUCGCGCUCAUGGAGUACUACUCGGAGAAGGAGGCGCGCGACUUGGUCAAGACGCUCCUCGAAGCGAUCGCGUACUGCCACAGCGUCGGCGUCGUCCAUCGCGACCUCAAGCCCGAGAACAUCCUCAUGACGUCCAAGGCCGACAACUCGGCCAUCAAGAUCGCCGACUUUGGCUUCGCCAAGCAGGACACGAACGGCCUCUCGACGACGUGCGGGUCGCCCGAGUACGUCGCGCCCGAGAUCAUCUCGCGACCGGACGCCACGUACGGCAAGUCGGUCGACAUUUGGUCGAUUGGCGUCAUCACGUACGUGCUGCUGGCGGGCUACACGCCGUUCCACGACCCGAACCAGAACAUUUUGUUUGACAACAUCGUCAACGGUCGCUUCUACUUUUACGACCCGGACUGGAGCGAGGUGUCGCAGGACGCCAAGGACUUUGUCUCGCGCGCGCUCGAGCUCGAUCCCAAGGUGCGGCCCACAGCGCUCGACCUGCUUCAAGACCCGUGGAUCGUUGGCCAACACGUCUCGGCGCGUAACCUGGUCAGCGUCAUGGAGAAGCUCCCGGAUUUCAACAAGUCCCGCCGCAAGUUCAAGGCCGCGGUCCAAGCCACGAUGCUCGUCAACCACCUGCGGGCGCGCGACUCGGACGCGUCAAACAACGACUAG